AUGUAUAUCAACAGCAAUGGAAUCGCCGUUGACAACGGCCCCAACGGCAAGGCUAUCGAGAUCCCGGCCACUCGAUCCGCCAUAUCGGAGGCGUCCAAGUACAUGCACAACCUCAGCGUCUCUCCUUCUAUGAAGGACCGCAGGUCGUCGCGGAACUCCUUUGGAACUGCGCUUCCCAUCCCUCGAGCAAAGAGACACUCCCGACUCUCCUCGGUUCACCCUCAACCUGCCCCCGGCGUGUCAUCCAGCCCGCCUGCACGCUCCCUUCUCAUCGCGCAAGCCCAGUCUGUCAAGCCUCAGUUGGUGGAGAAGGCCAAGAAUAUGGCCUUUGCCUUCGACAUUGAUGGUGUGCUCGUCCAUGGCGACCGCCUCAUCCCUGAAGGCUGCCGGGCAUUGGAGAUCCUGAACGGAGACAAUGAGCUCGGCAUCAAGAUCCCCCACAUCUUCCUCACCAACGGUUCGGGCAAGAUCGAGACGGCUCGAUGCGAGCAGCUCUCCAAGAUCCUCCGCAACCCCGUGUCGACGGACCAAUUCAUCCAGUCUCACACCCCCAUGAGCGCCCUGUCCGAGUACUACCGCACCGUCCUGGUCGUCGGAGGCGAAGGCUACCGAUGCCGCGAGGUUGCUGAGCAGUACGGAUUCCACAACAUCGUCGUCCCCAACGACAUCAUCGCCUGGGACCCGACCAUCGCACCUUACCGCGUCUUCACCGACGAGGAGCGUGCCACGUCGCGUCCUCGCGACUUCACCAAGAUCUGCAUCGAGGCCAUCAUGGUCUUCUCCGACUCCCGAGACUAUGCCACCGACAUGCAGAUCAUCAUGGACCUCCUCCGCAGCAAGAACGGUCGCCUAGGAACGGUCGCCGAGGACCCCGUCUCUGAGCGCAUCCCCAUCUAUUUCUCCCAGGGCGAUCUUCUAUGCCCUACUGAGCACCCCACACCCCGUAUGUCCCAGGGAGCUUUCCGCAUUGGUCUUGAGGCCAUGUACAAGGCGUUGACCGGCGCCGACCUGGAGCGUGUCGUCUACGGCAAGCCUGAGCUGGCAACCUACAAGUACGCCGACGAGAUCUUGACCUCCUGGAUGCAAGAGCUCCACGGCGAGGAGAAGCUGCCCCAGAACAUUUACAUGAUCGGUGACAACCCGGCCUCGGACAUCAUUGGCGGCAACGAGUACGGAUGGAACACCUGCCUGGUCCGCACUGGAGUCUUCCAGGGUGGGGAUAAUGACGAGAACAACCCUGCCAACUUUGGCGUCUUCCCCACCGUGCUGGAUGCGGUCAAGAAGGCCUUGAGGAACGAGCUUGGCCAAGACUUCAAGAUGUUUUUCGAUGAGAAGAUCAACCCGGUGCUUCACGGCACCGCGGCUGAUGGCGCCGUGGUCAUUUGA